AGCAGACUGAACUUCAUUGUGGACACAUGAAAGGAAGUCAUCAUGAUGACUCUCCAAAAGAGACAGAACAGCUGAAGGGAAAGCCCCUAAAAGAACAACUAAAAUGAUCAAAAUACUGGAGGAUCCUCUGGACAAUAAUGCACUAAAAAAAGGAGACAAAUCUAAGAGGGAGACUGAUAUGGCUGAGAAUAUCACUUUGACAACUGAGUUUAUCCUCACUGGAUUUACAAGUCACCAAGAAUUGCAGAUUCCUCUAUUCAUACUUUUCCUUGUAAUCUACUUGAUAACCAUAAUAAGCAACAUUGGACUGGUGAUAUUAAUUUCAAUUGAACCCCGACUCCAUUCACCUAUGUAUCUGUUUCUUGGUAACUUGGCAUUUAUGGAUGCUUUUUGCUCAUGUGCUGUUACUCCUAAGAUGUUAAUGAACUUCUUUUCUAAGGAUAGAAUGAUUUCCCUUCAUCAAUGUAUGUCACAAUUUUAUUUUUUUUGCUUUUCUGAAACUUCAGACACUUUUCUCCUGGCAGCCAUGGCAUAUGACCGCUAUGUGGCGAUAUGCAAUCCACUUCAUUAUCCCAUCAUUAUGUCAAAGAAACUCUGCAUUCAGAUGAUCACUGGAUCACUCGUAACUGGCAACCUACAUUCCAUGAUUCAUGUUGGCUUUCUAUUCAGAUUAACUUUCUUCUAGAGUGUUAUACAAAAGGAUGUGGUGAACCAAGAAAAUUUGGGACCCUCUGAGCUGGGGGCUUUUUGGAAGGAAGCUGGGAAUUCCAAAAGGCAGAGUUGAAGAUACAGUGCAUACCAGGCAAUGGGAACUUGGUUAUACGAAGGAAUGGAGAUGUGACAUGGGAUGCUGAGUGAAGAAUAGCAAGAAGGCUAGUUUGGCUGAACUGCAAAAG